AUGUCUCCACAAUCUGACUGCAGGGGAGUAGUAUUGGACAGGAAUUUCGACGUAGCAUGGAACGAUAGCCACGACCAAAGCUCUUGUAGUCAGUCAUACCCUGGACCUAACCCAUUCUCUGAAAUAGAGACGAAGGCUAUAUCUAAUGUAUUACAUUAUUAUGGCCAUAAGAUUGUUGCUUACAUUCAUGUUCACGCGGGAACAUACGAUACUCACACGUUUAAGGGAGACGCAGUUUUGUACCCUCGAGGAUAUACAGACCUUCCUGGUGAUGAUGAUAAGUACCUUGAUAUCAAAGGUGAAAUCGAAGAAGCGAUGAGAAAUGCAUCAUUUCGAGUAAUGUCAGUGACUGUGGAUAAUUUGUAUCAUUGGUACGGAAGAGUAACCGGCUCCAGCGUGGAUUAUGCUGCUCAUAUUUUUGGAAUUCCUUUUGCAAUGGAGUUUGUAAUGCAAUUGUAUGAAAGUGGCUUUUUUGCUUAUGACAACAAUGAGUUUGUUGACUACAUAGCUUUGACUCAGAUUUGGGAACGCAUUAUAUAUGUUGUUUUCAAAUACUUUGCGAAAAGUGUGGGUAUUGUAGAAGAGAACCAGGAGGACGAAUGA